UGGACAGUGUUUGUAAUAUAACAACAGGAUUAUUUACACUGUCACAUCUACUGUGCUACAGAGAAAAAUGAAAAAAAAUUUUUUUUUAGUCACAUAGAUUAUUUUCCUGUCAAAAAUUUGCUGUAAUGAAAUCAUUUAUUUUCUGUUCGACCGUGUAAGAGGCAAAGAAUCUAAAAUUGUUUGUAAAGAUUAAAAAUUUUUAGUGAAAUUUGAAAUUGUUAGUGAUACUUAAGCAGUUUUGCAAAAUGCCGCUUAUUGAUGGCAAGUCCGUUUUAGAAGCAUUACACGACAUCGACUUUCUAGAACGCCGUCCGGCAAGCCUCAUGGACAUUCUCAAAUAUAUGUGUUUCACUCAUCGCGAUGUUUCUACUAAUCUCCUAACGGCCCUUCAGCUUACUCUAGAUGCAGGCGUACGUUUCGGAUACCUCGAUCAGAUCGAUGAAAAUUACUAUGUCCCUUCGAACACAAGGGAGAAUGUAUGCAGUCGUAGCGAGGAUAAUGAAGCAAUGGAUUCCAAAUAUUUAUAUUGUCAAAGUAGUCUUGGAAAUCCGGAGAACGACUUUAAUGCAGAUAUUGAGAAGACAAUUGAAGAUAUCAAGCCAAAAUCGAAUUCAAAUCCUACAUCUCCAACUCCAUCCACAUCAGUACUACCAUCAUCAUCCCCGAAAAGUCACAGCCAGGAAAAUGAAUUCAAAGGUCGCAAGCAGACUGGGCGAAGAAAAUCUUCAAAUGUAAGUAAACCUAAACGUCGCAUUAUCGCCGACCGAAACCGAAAGCGCAAGAUUCGACGCCGCCGUCAAUAA